AUGGCUUCCGACAAGGCGUCUUUUGCAGACUCGCGGUCCCGACAGCUCUCCAUUGUCCAUGGACCAACCUCCCCACCUCUCUUCUUGAAGCCACUUGGUUCUCUUAUCGAGGAUCAGGCGAAGAAACAUGCGAACCGCCUCGCGCUCGUAGUUCCGUGGCAAUCCACCCGGUUGACCUAUCGUGAGCUCGCGGAUCGGAGCAAAGUUACGGCUAAAGCGAUGCUUGAAGUCGGCCUGCAUCAUGGAGACUGUGUUGGCAUCAUCGCAGGGAACUGCUAUCAGUACAUUGAGAUUUUCCUGGGGGCCUCUCGCAUCGGUUGCCCCUUUGUCGUUUUGAACAACGCGUACUCCCCCGAGGAACUGAAGAACGCCGUCACUUCCAGCGAUUGCAGGCUUCUUUUUAUUGCUCCUCAAAUCGGACCAAAGGUGUUGUCGUCGCAUUUGCAAGCAGUCCUUGACGUCCCGCCGGGAAAUUCCCGACUCAAGCAGAUUGUCUGUCUGCAGAAGUUCGACAACCCCAACCAAGGGGCCAUUUGCGAGUCAUACAAUGCAUUUUUCAACCGGGGCCAGUCAAUAUUCAUGAACGACUCAGUCUUGAAGAGAGCCGCACGGAAAGUUCGUGCAACGGAUGUGCUCAAUCUGCAAUUCACAUCUGGUAAGCAUCUUGAAUAUUUCCGCUAUCUCGUAGCGCGCAAUGCUAAUUCGAGAUUUACCAAGGCACCACGGGAUUGCCCAAGGCCUCAGCACUCACACACAUGGAGUCACAAAUGGUUCAAAGGGGUUCUUCUCCAACUAAUUUUGGCGCCUAGAAACCUGAUAAACGAUGCCAUAUUUGUAGGGGACGCAAUGCGUUUAACGGAAGUGGACAUCGUCUGCUCCCCCCCGCCGUUGUUCCACUGCUUCGGGCUCGUUUUGGGAUUCCUCUCUUCUUUUUGCCACGGCAGCUCCAUCGUGCUCCCCUCGGAUAACUUCGACGCUCGGAAAGCACUGCUCGCGGUGGUGCAGGAGAAAGCGACCGCCCUGUUGGGGGUUCCGACAAUGUUUCUUGCCGAGUUGGAGGAGCUCGAUAGGUCGACACUCUCCGUAACCACGCUUCGAACCGGUAUUAUCUCGGGCUCUGCCGUGCCAUCGACCUUGAUGCAGACUUUGCGUGAGAGAAUGAAGAUUGAAGAUCUGCUGAUUGCCUAUGGAAUGACGGAAACCAGUCCUGUGACGUUCAUCACCGCUGUCGAAGACUCCCGUGGGAAGAAGGCCACUUCCAUAGGCAGGGUACUUCCUCAUUCGGCGGCAAAAGUUGUAGAUUCUUUGGGCAACAUUUUGCCACAGGGGUCUCGCGGCGAGCUGUGCACUAGCGGCUUUGCGCUUCAAAAGGGCUACUGGAAAGACACGGAGAAAACAAAGGAGGCGAUGCGGCAGGACGAAAACGGAGUGACCUGGAUGCACACGGGCGACGAAGGAUUCAUCGACGAAGAAGGUGGGGAGAACAUCUCACCGAACGAGAUUGAAGACCGGCUGCUCAGCCACCCGGCCAUCGUCGAGUGCUGCGUCGUCGGCCUCGAGCACAAGAAGUACGGCGAAGUGGUCGCGAGCUUCCUGCGGGCAGCGGAGAACACAGCGCCGCUCAGCGACGCCGAGGUGCGGUUGUGGGUGACAGACAAGCUGGGGAGGAUCAAGGCGCCAAGCCACGUUUUCUGGAUCGGGCAUGCCGACGUGGGAAGCGCCUUGCCGAAGACCGCCAGCGGGAAAUACCAGAAGCAUCUUGUGCGGGCCAGAGGAAACGCGUUGCUGAAGCGGCCGGGAAUCCAAGCGAAGUUGUAA